AACCCUUUUCUACUUCUCAUGAGGGAUUGCUGGGUAAUGGGUCUCCUUCUUUCAUGGGCCUAGAAUCACGACCGUACGACACUCGUAUGAUAACUUACCGUACAUUUUCCCAUUCUAUCCUUCUUCACCUUCUUUCUCCCUUUCUUCCUUCCCUCGACGGAGCUCUCAUAUCCGCCAUCGGUCAUCGCCCAUAAGCCUCCUUUCCAUCGUGGGAUCGAAUCACGGAUUGCCCAGCACAUCGACUUUGGUUUUUUUAUUUUUAUUUUUAUCGCACCCUCACCAUAAUUUAUUGUGCCGUAUUUUUUCUUCUUCCCUUCCCCGACCCGUAUUUCCCAUCCCUUCUACCAAUCCUCCCUCCCUAACAAAGCAUUUUCUACAUACCGAACCGACAAAAAUCAGUUUGCUCCACACACCGUUACGGUCCAAGCAACCAAGUUCUCUAUUUUCCCAGUUUUUUUGCACAGUAUUGUACAACUUGACCUGCAAGGCCUCGAGCGUAGGCGUUUGCUCCCACAAGAGUUGGUUCGCUGCAGUGUUUUGCUCACUGUAAUGUUUUUUCCUCGUUCAGGUGUUUUCGCAGUAAAUUCUCCUUUCUUCCCCGCUUGCACCCCGCCCGCCUUCCUGGACAGUGGGGAUCCGCUCCCAGCAAGCAAGAACUAAUGAAAGUGUAAUAUUUGGCUGUGGGCAUACCGGUACCGUAGAGCGGUGGCCUUAUCAGGAAUCCAGACUGCGCCCAGUUUUCUUGGAGGGCCGCAUAUGAUUGGGCAAGCGCCGAGGCAGGAAACUUACCGCACACCUUGUUAUCCCCUUUCCCGAAUGGGGCUGGGCGCUAAACAAGAACCGCAUUGCCUGCGUCAAGCGGGCAGCAGUUUGACAAAUCUCAACGGCUCGUUUGCUUGCUCUGAGGAACGGAAAGGUCGGCUGGGAGAAAGAAUCUGAACAUGUUGGAAAGACAAAGGUCAUCCAAUUUCCUCCACUAUCAUUGGGGGGUGGGGAAGCUCAAUGGCUAGACUGAUAUGACCACGAAGAGGAAAGGGCAAAAUAAAAUUCCAACUGUCACAUCCCUUGCCAGCUCAUCUAUUCGCAGCCUGGUGAGCGCCAAAAAAAUCAAGUAAAGUUGAUUCAUGCUUUUCACUGGCCAGCACGAUAAUAGAAACCUUUCGUCACUUCUACUACGGGGCGACAUUGAACAGUGACACGGGAAAUCCCUUUUGGAUAUCGGUUCAGCUGAACCUUCAGCGAUUGCGGUCCGGUCGAAAAGUAUCUCUUUCUAAAGCUUUGUCCAUUUCUUCCUUCACCAGGCACCCCAACACCCGGCUUCCUACAGUAUUACCGAGGACGAUGGUAUCACCCACAAUUCUUUUCGUAACCCUCCUUGGAUUACUCUGUGUAGUGGGUCCGGCAACUGCGCACAUGUCUAUGUCUGAUCCACCGCCCCUCCGGUAUAAGACAAAUCCACACAAAACUGUCGAAGAUUACGAUUAUAACGCGCCUCUUGACCCUUCUGGAUCCAACUACCCGUGUAAAGGCUACCACAACGAUCUCGGGACUCCUGGCGCAAAGAGUGUAGUGACUUGGUCGCAAGGGGGAUCAUAUAGGUUGCAGUGAGCAUGAGAGCCAAAUUGAGAUUUUCCCUCGCGCACUAACUAGCCGGAAAUAGGUUUGCGGGCUCUAGUACCCAUGCCGGAGGGUCUUGUCAAGCGUCCCUAAGCUUCGACGGUGGGAAUACCUGGACUGUCAUCAAGUCUUGGAUAGGAGGAUGCGUUAAACCCGAUCCUAACGGUGAUCAAACCUUCGAAUUCAAGAUCCCUGACAAUGUUCCUGGAGGUGAAGCUCUUUUUGCCUGGUACCUUCCUUCCCAAACACUUCGGUGUAGCUAUCAUACUUAUUUUAGGGUCGGACCCUUGGUCUCCCUUAGCUAACUUGGCCAAUUACUCAGGACUUGGUUCAAUAAUCAAGGGAAUCGGGAGAUGUACAUGAACUGCGCCGUGGUUACCAUUUCCGGUGGUCGAAAAUCGAGGUCGAUUCCCGCCGAUGAACUCGUAACUCCGCGUGCCUCCGGCAGUUCGAUUUUUCUGGCGAACAUCGGAAAUGGGUGCACAACGGUGGACGGCAAAGACGUGGCAUUCCCAGAUCCAGGGAGCCAGGUGGAGUAUGGUGGGAUUCAAGAAAAUAGAGCUGGGCCCCGGGGUUCCUGUGGUAGUGGCCCGAGAAGUACGGGUAGUGGCGAAUCAACUUCCGGGUCGGGUGGUGGUAGCGGAGGGAGCAAUAGUAGUGGAGGGGGUGGUGGUAAUGGAGGGAGUGACGGCAGUGGAGGGGGUGGUGGUAAUGGAGGGAGUAAUAGUAGUGGAGGAAGUGCUGGUAAUGGAGGGAGUGGGGGAAGCACAGACUCGCGGGCAGCGGGCCUAGGGAAAAUGCCCCAGGAGGUCACCUUAAUGAUUCUCGUGGCCUUCGCCAGCUGGUGCAUGAUUUGA